CGUACGGUUACCUUUAUUCACUGUGUGACUUGUCUUUUUUUUGUCUCCGCCUUAUUGUAUAUCACGGUCGCGUAUGAACGAAGGGUUUUUUGAGCGAACAACGCAAUUCUCACAACAGGUUGUAACAUGGCUUUUCCCCCCUGGCUUCCCUUUGCCCAUGCACCGCUACUGACUUUAUCCGCGAUGAAACGAUGAGUAAGAACCUGUUGGUUGCUAGAUGGAUAGUCUCAGAUGAUCCCGCAGGUGAAGAAACUGGAUGUGGAGGUCCUGGGCUGGAGUGGUUACACGUGGUUUGCGGAUGUGAGACCGCUACUGACAAAUUCUCUAAAACAAUGUUGGACGCAGCAUACCGUAGAGAAAUGAACAUUCAAUUCUCUUGCAACAACUCUGUUGGACAUUCCUGCAGUCAGCAUGCCAAUUCCACGCUCCCUCAACGGUUUCUAACGCAUGAUUCAACAAGUUUGUAAGAAUGGCAGCGAUCAACGCUGGCGGUUCUCUUGUGGCAACCCAUGACUACUACCGACGGCGCAUCGGCUCCACCUCCAGCAGCAGCUCCUGUGGCAGUUCAGAGUACAGUGGGGAAGUCAUUCCACACCAUCCAGGUCUACCAAAACAAGACUCUGGACAUUGGUGGUCCAGCUUUUUCUUUGGGAAGCAGAACCAGCCAGGAAUGACCACUCUGACUGAGGAGGCCCAGCAGAAGGCGACGGCCAUGACUUUGACCAACGGCCAGGUGACCUGCGUUGCCAGGGAGAUGGUGAUGAAGAGGCAGGUUAGCGACCCCGUGAGCUCCGAGCAGGCGAUUCCACCCCCCUCCUGAGGCAAGAAGGGACCAACGCUAGGAGACGGGAGGCUGCUUCCCCCCUCCGUCCCUUAAACCCUUUAGAUUUUCUUCCAUCCUUCACACUACAUAGAAAGUAUGAAGCAAUGUAUCAGGCAUACAAUGUAGUAUUCUAGCGUAGGUAUUGGAACAGAACCCCCUUCCCUUUAACCCUAAACUAAGAAUGCAUUCUAUUCCCUAUUUAGUGCACUACUUUCGACUCAAGACCCAUUGGGUUAUGGUCAAAAGUAGUUCAUUAUAUCGGGUGCUGUUUAGGAUGUAGAAAUGUUGCCAACAUCCACGUUAGAAAACUACAUAGAAUGAAUGUCUGUCACUUUGCUUCACGCUAAGCAUUAUGGGUAUUGGAACAAUUAUUUGUUUGUCUUAGGACAGGCUGCCAAUUAACUUUUUUUUUUUUUUUUGUAUCCUGUUUUCUAUGACUAAAAAUAAAAUGAGAACAAACUAUA